AUGUACCCCAACAUUCCAUCCCUCAUUUACGUUUUAUUGGUACUUCAUAUUUCGUGUGCCGCCAUCAUUGUUAAAGACCCAGGUACGAAUUAUGUUCCAGCUCAGCUGAGUGUUGAUAACCUGUGCAAAGACGUUGCCCCGGGGAUGGCUGUUCCCGUUGCCGACACUCAGGAUGGAAGACUGUGGAUAACAGCCGUCCACGACGAAAUAAUCCCAAGUAAAGGCAAGAAGUCACAGCUCGUUACGCAGCGGCCUAGUAAACUGAUCGCCCGCAGUCCGCGCUGA